AUGUAUAACAAUGAAAUUGCUGAAAAUAGUAAUAGAGGAAAAUUAGGUUGUGUUGCUGGACUUUUCUGGACAAUUGGAACAUUUUAUACUUGCUCAGUCGGAUCAGUUACAAACGUUCGUACCUUAACUCUACUUUGUACUCUCUCAGGUAUAUUCUAUUUACUGUUAUCGAAUUUAUUAGUGGAAUCUCCUGCGUUUUUAGCAUCAAAAGGAAAGAAAAUAGAAGCAAUAAAGUCUUUAGAGGUAUUAAGGCGACAUAAAACUGCUAAAGAUAUAGAGUUAGAAUAUGAGUUAAUUGAAAAAACUGCCAACAGCAAUACAGAUAAUAGAGGAAAAUUUUCUGAUUUACUUAAAACCAAAGCUACAAAAAAAGCUACUAUUAUAAGCAUUACUAUCCAAGUUGCACAACAAAUAUCUGGAGUGUUAAUUGUUAUAUUCCAUAUUCCUAUAAUUUUUCAGGACGCUGAUGUUAAAGUACCAGGGAAUAUUGUUGCAAUUUGUAUCAAUUUAAUUCAAGUUAUAGUGUUUUUUAUUCCAACAUUUUUAGUAGAUCAUAUCGGUAAAAGACCUUUACUGCUAUUUUCAACAGCGUUCUGUUCAAUAACAAUGUUUUUCCUAGCUUCAUACUUUUAUUUAAAACAUCUGGAAAUUCCUAUUAUUGAAGAUAUCAUCUGGUUACCAGUGAUUCUUGUAAUCCUUUUUAUUUCAGGAUACUGUCUAGGCUUAGGAUCUCUUGCUCUUGUAAUUAUUAGUGAACUUUACCCCACUGAUUUGAAGCCUAUAGGAAUAGGAAUUUGUUUAGUUGUAUGUGAACUUGUUAUGAUUUUGGUAGUAUUCACUUAUCCAUUGAUAUCUGAAAUAUCAGCUGAUGUACUGAUGAUUGGAGUUGGAUCGAUGAUGGCAUGGAUAGGACCUGUCCUCCCGCGUCUGAAAUCCAAUGAUGCGGAAAUCAACCCAUUAGGAACGCCCUUAACAACACUUCAAGUUUCCAUUCUAUCAGCCACGCCUUUGGUUGGCUUGGUCUUCGGCACUUUAAUAUUGGCCAAAGUGUCAGAAAGACUAGGACGAAAAAAAACUUUAACCUAUUGCGCUAUAGGAAAUUUAUUAUUCUUAUGCAUUCUAGCUUUUUCAUCGAACAUCUAUUGCUACUAUAUUGCUCUAUUCUUAAAUGGGUUGAUGCUGGAUGGUAUUUACAUGAAUGUGUUUAUUUAUAACAAUGAAAUUGCAGAAAAUUGUAAUAGAGGAAAAUUUGGUUGCGUAGCAGGGCUUUGCUGGUCUGUAGGUGCUAUUUAUUGCUAUGUAAUUGGUUCGAUGACAAGCAUUCGUACAUUAACUCUCUUUUGUACUAUACCGGCUAUAAUUCAUUUACUGUCAUCGAUUUUGCUGAUUGAAACUCCUUCGUUUUUAGCAUCAAAAGGAAAACAUUCAGAAGCAAUGCAAUCUUUAGAAUUACUAAGACAACAUAAAAAUGAAAAAGAAGUAGAAAUAGAAUAUAAAUCAAUUGAAAACACUUUACAACAAAUUUCAAACACUAAUGUAAAAUUUUCUGAUUUGUUUCAAAGUAAAGCUACAAAAAUGGCUUUGAUUAUAAGCGCUACUAUAGAAAUUACACAACAAAUAUCUGGUGUAAUGAUUGUUAAUUUCCAUAUUCCUGUUAUAUUUCAAGAUGCUGACGUUAAAAUAUCUGGUAACAUAGUUGCUAUUGGUAUAAAUUUAAUUCAGUUCCUAGUAUUUAUCAUUCCAACGUUUUUAGUAGAUCGAGUAGGUAAAAGACCUCUACUAUUAUUUUCAUCAGCUUUUUGUUCGUUAACAAUGUUCUUUUUAGCAUUAUACUUUUAUUUAAAACACCUGGAAAGCCCUUUAGUAGAUGGUAUUGUUUGGAUACCAGUUGUAUGUGCAAUCCUAUUUAUUUCAGGACACUGUCUUGGUCUGGGACCUCUUCCCCUGGUGGUUGUUAGCGAACUCUUUCCUACUGAAUUAAAACCAAUAGGAGUAGGAACAAGCUUGAUUCUGAGUGAACUUGUUAUGAUUUUGGUAGUAUUCACUUAUCCGUUGAUAUCUGAAAUAUCUGGAAUUUAUUGCUGUAUGUUUAGUUACAGUGCUUGCUCGCUUAUUGGAUUUAUUGUAUUAUAUUCAAUUUUACCAGAAACAAAGGAUAAAAGUUUAUUGGAAAUCCAAGAUAUACUAAGUAGGUAG